AUGCCAAGUCAGAAACCUAGGAAACUAGAUGCUCUCAGCCAUGAAGAACUUAGAGAGGGACUAAAGAAAGAAUUGGUGCUGACCAGAGUACCUGGUCUGAAUGGAAGUAGAUACUGUUCUUCUCAGGCUAAGAGGUUUUCAAAUCUAGUUGAAGAAGGAGCCAUCUCUCUCAGCAUGGAAUACAGGCCAGAUGAAAGCCAAGUCCUUCAAGCUCUCUGCUUCCUUGCAGCCUGCUACCAGAAUCAGGGUUCUUGUAGUGAAUGUGGUUCUGAACAACCGCACUUUAACAGUCAGGCAAAGGAGGAGGAUUCUCUGAGGUCGGCCAUUAAGCGCUUCCUGGACCGGGUCUUUGCGGCCCGAAACCUACCAACGCAUUAUCCUUGGACGUGCCUCCGGCCUGGCGUCCCCCGCGCCGCGACACAGGUGGAACGGGCCGUGACGUCACGAGACCGCGACUCAAUCAGACGCGGCGUUUGGGAAAUUUUAAAUUUAAAGGCGGGGUGGCCCGUAAGCUCUGAAUCGCCGGACGCGGAGGUUUCUGACGUAUUCCCUGGGAUCCAACCAGGCAGGAUGGCGGAGGAAGGAGCCGUAGCGGUCUGCGUGCGGGUUCGGCCGCUCAAUAACAGAGAAGAAGCACCUGAAAAAGAUAUUCAAGUGUACUGGAAAACUGACAAUAAUACAGUUUAUCAAGUUGAUGGGAGUAAAUCCUUCAAUUUUGAUCGUGUCUUUCAUAGUAAUGAAACUACUAAAAAUGUGUAUGAAGAAAUUGCGGUACCAAUCAUAGAUUCUGCCAUCCAAGGCUACAAUGGUACUAUAUUUGCCUACGGGCAGACUGCUUCAGGAAAAACAUACACCAUGAUGGGUUCACAAGAGUAUUUGGGAGUAAUACCCAGGGCAAUUCAUGACAUUUUCCAGAAAAUUAAGAAGUUUCCUGAUAGGGAAUUUCUCUUACGUGUGUCUUACAUGGAGAUAUACAAUGAAACCAUUACAGACUUACUUUGUGACACUCAAAAAAUGAAGCCUUUAAUAAUUCGGGAAGACUUCAAUAGGAAUGUGUAUGUGUCUGACCUCACAGAAGAAGUUGUUUAUACAUCAGAAAUGGCUUUGAAGUGGAUCACUAAGGGAGAAAAGAACAGACAUUAUGGAAUUACAAAAAUGAAUCAGCGAAGUAGUCGUUCUCAUACCAUUUUUAGGAUGAUUUUGGAAAGUCGAGAGAAAGGUGAACCUUCUAAUUUUGAAGGAUCUGUCAAAGUGUCCCAUUUGAAUUUGGUCGAUCUUGCAGGCAGUGAAAGGGCUGCUCAAACAGGUGCUGAAGGUUUGCGACUCAAGGAAGGCUGUAAUAUAAAUAGAAGUUUGUUUAUUUUGGGACAAGUGAUCAAGAAACUUAGCGAUGGACAAGUUGGUGGUUUCAUAAAUUAUCGAGAUAGCAAAUUAACACGAAUUCUCCAGAAUUCCUUGGGAGGAAAUGCAAAAACACGUAUUAUCUGCACAAUUACCCCCGUGUCUUUUGAUGAAACACUUAGUACUCUCCAGUUUGCCAGCACUGCCAAAUAUAUGAAGAAUACUCCUUAUGUUAAUGAGGUAUCAAGUGAUGAAGCUCUCCUGAAAAGAUAUAGGAAAGAAAUAAUGGAUCUUAAAAAGCAAUUAGAGGAGGUUUCUUUAGAGACUCGAGCUCAGGCAAUGGAAAAAGACCAACUAGCCCAACUCUUGGAAGAAAAAGAUCUACUUCAAAAAGUCCAGAUUGAGAAAAUUCAAAACCUAACAAGGAUGCUGGUGACAUCUUCUUCCCUAUCAUCGCAGCAAGAAUUAAAGGCUAAAAAAAAACGAAGAGUCACUUGGUGCGUGGGGAAAAUUAACAAAAUGAAGGACUCAAACUACGUAAAUGAAUUUAAUAUGGCAGCAAAUGUAACAACAAGAACACAUAAGGCUGCUGUAAGUUUAGGAGAAAUUGAUGAAU